GGUACGACCGCACGGGUGCGCCGUUUGCGGAUCCGUAUUUUCCCAGCGUUCACAGCUGAUCGUUCAUCAGCGGAUUCAUAGUGGCGAACGACCCUAUCGUUGUCAGGUAUGCUGGCAGGCGUUCGCUCACUCGAGCGUAUUGAAGCUGCACAUUCGUAAGCACACGGGAGAGAAACCGUUCGAGUGUCCGCUCUGUCCUUCGAGCUUUUCGCAGCUACCACACCUGAAGAAGCACAUGCUCUCUAUCCAUCAGCAGGACAAAUCUUAUCUCUGUCAGAAGUGUAAGGAUUUCUUUAAAACCAAAAUGGAUUACCAACUACACGUUGCUGCCUGCUAUAAUGAUCCGGAAGCAGUGAAGAACCUGGACAAUCUCAUGGAUCCGAUGUAUCGCCCAACGGAGAAUAAUGGCGUAGAUCCACCGAUGACGAUUUCGCGGAUGCGUUUUCUAGUGGCAAUCCUACUGAAAAAGAUCUCCACCGAUGACCGUUUGAAAGAGCUGGGCUUUGAUAAACGGUUGAUCGAUAACGUUCUGAUUGAUUCGCUGAAGUGCGCUGGUCGAAAAGUGGUAGAUGAUAAAUCGUAUGAUGCGCUAAAGCGCCUCAAGUUGAACGUGCAAGAACUGUUGGAAUGGACAGUGCCACCGAACUACAUGGAAGAGUUCCGCACUGCAAACCGCAGCACCGAAGAGUUGCUAGAGGAUCUGACCAAUUGAAGCACACUGCCUCUAUUGAAGAGUGAGCGUAUCCUCUCGACGUCGCCAUAACAUGUUUUCUCAACCUUGUGCUUCGGGAUUCUUUUUUCUUUGUUUUCACUAACAUUUUUUCAUCUAUUUUUGAAUUGGGUGGUGGUCUUGUAAGGAAUGGGAAGGCCUUUUUCCUUCAUUUUUUAUAUCCCUUUACUUUUUGUUUACACUUACGUUCUUCUACUAACGAAAAUUACCAAAACUGGUUUGCCUUGAGGGCAAAAAUGAGCCUAGUUUGAUAAAGCAUACCAAAUAAUGAACCCAAAAUGAAUAACAGAACAUAGCACAUGCUAAACUAUCAUUGCCAUUACGCGUGGCACAAAACUGUCUGGGAUCGCACAAAAUACAAAGAGCUCCUGCAGACAAACAAGGCCAAAUGGAAUAGAAAUUCAUGUUGCCAUACGUCGUUCAUGCACGCACGUUCCUCUUAAAAUUAUAUUUGUAGUUUAAAUAAGUUUUUUUGAAACAUAAAUAUCCUAAAGGGAAAAUUGAAUUGCAAACAUGAAGCACGAAGUCGAGAAUUCUAGAAGAUGCAAUCAAAAAUCAGAUAUUGGUUUAGCGAAUAUCAUAUCUUGCCUUAGCACAACAUCGCAUUACUAUAAUUUUGUCUUGUUGUACAUGCCAUGCGUAUCCCUGAGUAUCGCCCAUGUGGAGCAUGCAUGGUUAUGAUUAAGAGAAUAAUUUGGAUUUUUGUAAUACACUUCCAUUCAUUUGAAAACAAACUGUUUUAGAUUAUAAUGUAGGUUAAGCAUUAUGUUUUUUUUUAUUAUUUGCGUUCCAAAGAAUCGAUGGAAUCAAUCAGCUGAAUACCAAAAAUGGCGAAGGCUUACCGUGCCAAGCGAAAAUAGGGGUGGCUUGGACCAUUGUGGUUUCGAAAUUACCGCACAGCGAAGGUGGGGCGUUUGCCAUGAAACAUGGAGGAAUACUAACUAAUUGAACUCUAUCUAUGACAGCAGAGAAAGAUAGUUGAAGUGCAAAGCAGAUCGAAUAAAAUCAAGUUAGUUUAAAUGUUUUUGAAACUCCAGCAAGAACUACGAGGGGGGCUCAACGGUUGAAGUAGAGACACGACGACAGCAUUAUAGUGUUCCAGUGAUUAUCAUCUAUCUGUGUUUUUCUGUGUCAUCAUCGUUCAUCUGCCAUUGCACAUCCGCUUCUGGUAACACAAAAAAUAAUCGGCCGUAUAGCCAAAAACCGAACCGAACCGAAACGAGCGGUUUCUCGUAUGUACUUGUGUAGAUUAGUAAAUUUUAUAUCCAACUGUUCAUCAUCGGUGUGUAUCGAUGUGUAUCUUCGCUUCCUACACAUUGUAGAAAGCUGCAACGUGGAAUGUUAAAUGAAAUAUACAUUAUAUAGUAAAGGAAAUGUACUACCACGAAAUACCAUCAUCGUCAUCGUCAACGUCUCGAUCCUUAAUCCUUAGUGUAAAUUUGUUAGAAGAAUAUUUAGUGUAGAGAUGAAGCUCCAAGGUUAACCUCCUCUUCAUAAGACUCAUUGUGUAUGUUUUUAGUUGAACGUGAAAUUACAAUUUUUACAGUCGAUCGUAAUCAUGUUGUUUCACUGGAGUUUAUGCAACAUUCGUGCAAAGAAGGUGUUUAUGGUCGCGAAUGUAAAACCUGCUGGACUACAAAAUAAUGUG